GGGCUUAUCUUAAACCAGGAAGUUUACUGCUCCGCUUCAUGUUUACACAUGUUUUAACUUUCACGUGGAGAAUCCUCAUUGAUAAUGUCUUCUAAGAAGAAUAAAAACAAAUCGAAAAGAGUGAGCGAGGGAGAUAAUUCACUGAUUCAGAAUGAUGAGUCCUGCAAUCUGCAAACAUCUGGGCUGGAUGGAGGAACCUGCAGAACUUCCAACUGCAACUCAUUGGCUGUUAUGGAUUUCAUUGAAAAAGCCGAUGAUAAAACACCCAGAAGUUGCCGAUGGACUUUAGCUCAGCUGAGCCUCAAUUCUAUGAAGUCUGCAGGUGUUUGCAUCGGGAGGCCGGUCCUGCUGACGAGUCCUUCAGGACGCCAAGAGGUGUGCCUGGGUUGGCCUGUUGCAUCGUUUCCAGGCGGAAAAGUUGGCCUUCAGAAAUCUGCUCAGAAGAAUCUGGGGAUUAAACCAGGGGAGGCGGUGAUGCUGCACCCGGUAACGGGUCCUGUGGUCCAGAUUGAAGAAGUGGUUCUCUCUAAUCGGUCAAAGGAUGAAACUCUUGAUGCAGAUGAAUUCAAGAACUUCUUUGUGAGGACUUUGGCUGGAAGCAUCAUCCUCCCAGGAAACGUUGUCUUUCUGAGUUAUUUUGGACGCUCCUGCAGUCUUCGGGUUGAAACCAUCAGAGGGGAGGACGGCGUCACCCUCCAGAGACCGGCUGCUCCUCUGGGAGCGCCUCCUGACACAGACUCCUCAGUGCUGAACUCCACAUCAGCCGAUCUCUCCCUGCAGCUCAGCAUGCUCACUGUAGAUGACGACGCCACACCAGGCACACCCGGACAGCCGCGCCCGGCUGCUAGCACCCCUCUCCGAUCGGCUCCUCUUCCCUCCGUCUCACCGCCUGCCGCUCCUCUCACUCCUUCCUCCACCUCCUUCAAUCCCUCCACCGCUGAGUCUGCAGAAGAGGCCGACCCAGACGACUGCACUGGUUCAGGGCAUUCUGAAAAGACCUCCACAGCACCCACUGCUGGUUUUACGUGUAGUGACACGUUCUACUGUGUGACAUGUUCCACCAAAGUCAGACUUAGCAGCAGAGCAGGGCAGAGAGACUCAGACGAAGAUGAAGAAGUCCCCAAAUCAAAGGUCAUAUAUAGCAUGAUUGGUGGUCUGAGCAGCCAGCUGGAUGCCAUCAGAGAAACCAUCGAGCUCCCCCUCAAACAACCAGAGCUUUUCACUAACUACGGUAUCUCGCCUCCUCGAGGGGUUCUCCUCUACGGACCGCCAGGCACGGGAAAGACUAUGAUUGCCCGAGCCAUAGCCAACGAACUGGGCGCUCACAUGGUGGUGAUCAACGGGCCAGAGAUCAUCAGCAAAUUUUAUGGCGAAACAGAAGCGAGGUUAAGACAGAUAUUCACAGACGCAUCUCAGAGGCAGCCUGCGAUCAUCUUUAUAGAUGAGCUGGACGCUUUGUGCCCAAAGCGAGAAGGAGCUCAGAAUGAGGUGGAGAAACGAGUCGUCGCUUCUCUCCUGACUCUGAUGGACGGCAUCGGUUCGGAGGGUCACUCAGGCCAGCUGUUGGUGCUGGGGGCCACAAACAGGCCCCAGGCCCUCGACCCUGCUCUGCGCAGGCCAGGACGCUUUGACAAGGAGUUAGAGGUGGGGGUUCCUGGUAGUGCAGAGCGAGCGGAUAUUCUGCAGAAGCAGCUAAGUAUGGUGCCGUGCAGCGCCACUGCAGAGGAGCUGAUCCAGCUGGCCGAUGUCGCUCACGGAUACGUUGGAGCAGAUCUAGCUGCUGUUUGCAAAGAGGCAGGAUGGUUUACCUUGGCUUCAUCUUUCCAGGUCCGCUGGUCUGAUGUUGGUGGGAUGGCAGAGGUGAAGCUGAAACUGAAGCAGGCCGUGGAGUGGCCCCUGAGGCACCCGGAGGCCUUUACCCGCAUGGGGAUCCAACCACCAAAAGGAGUCCUGCUCUAUGGGCCCCCAGGCUGCUCCAAAACCAUGAUAGCCAAAGCCCUGGCCAAUGAAAGUGGCCUCAACUUUCUGGCUAUUAAAGGUCCAGAAUUACUGAGCAAGUAUGUUGGGGAGUCUGAAAGAGCAGUUCGAGAGGUGUUUCGGAAGGCGAGGGCCGUCGCUCCAUCCAUCGUCUUCUUUGAUGAGAUCGAUGCUCUUGCCAGCGAAAGAGGAAGCUCCGCAGGGUCCAGCGGCGUAGGCGACCGGGUCCUGGCUCAGCUGCUGACAGAGAUGGACGGCAUCGAGCAGCUCCGAGAUGUCACCGUCCUGGCCGCCACCAACCGACCCGACAUGAUCGAUAAGGCUCUGAUGCGACCAGGUCGCCUUGACCGGAUCGUCUUUGUUCCCCUACCUGAUGCUGCGACCAGACGGGAGAUUUUCUCCCUGCAGUUCCGUAACAUGCCUGUAGCAGAGAACGUUUCCCUCGAUGAGCUGGUGACUCGGACCAAUAAGUAUUCUGGAGCAGAGAUAACAGCAGUAUGCAGAGAGGCCGCCCUCCUGGCCCUGCAGGAGGACAUCAAAGCCGAGCACAUCGAGGCCAGGCACUUUGAAAAUGCCCUGAACACAGUGAAGCCCCGAAUCCCAGACUCUCUCAUCCAGUCAUACAUCAGCUAUCAGCAGCAGCACAGUGGCCUCUGCUUCUUCUGACUGCACCACUCUGGGACAUUUAUCUCUGCUGCAGCAAACAUUUUCAGUUGCUUAUUACAUUAUGUGUACAAUUGUUGUUAUUUGUGCUGCAAAAUAAAAUUUUAUAACAAUCAAUGUGGCUGAAAUCUUGUGUCUU